CGUAGAGGAGAUACUGUACAUAUAAAGGGCUGAGUCUGGCGUCCUGCACACUUCUGACUUCACGCUGACCACAGACUGUGGGAGGAAGGAGGACACCAAGUCACGGACUCAGAUAGAAAGAUGGAGCACUAGCGGGGAAAAGGGGAGAUAGUGCAGUGAAAAGAUAAAAGAAAGCAGUGUGACACACCGUGUAGCAGUUCAGUCUGGCCUUGGAAACACUCUUUGCACGUUGGCGUAUGAGGUCGUGCGAGGAAAGACGAGGAGCUUCUUUUGUGUUGAGUGUUACUUCCCUUUUUGCUCUACUUUUGGUCUGUUGAUUUGAUCAAAUGCGACGCCCCGGAUAUGUGCUCCUCUGGCUGUCGGGGUCAGUGCUGCUGAUGUGCCCCGUCUCAGGGGUCACAAGGGUGAAGGACAAAGCGACGGCAACACACCAAGAACCCCAUCUGAGGCCUCCAGAGUCCAAAUCCAGCCCGAAUGAGACUGAACACGCUCACGGCUCCGGCGUCACGGAAGUGCCCAUUGUCAACUUUAAGUGGCACCACGUGGAGGAGCCUUAUCUAAUUGCACUGUGGAUACUGGUGGCCGGUUUGGCUAAGCUGGUCAUCGAGGCCAACCACCAUGUGACCAGUGUGAUCCCAGAGAGCGGCCUGCUCAUCUGCUUUGGCUUCAUCCUGGGCGGGAUGAUUUGGGGCGCAGACAAGCUGCAGACGUUCAAACUGACCCCAACGGUGUUCUUCUUAUUCCUGCUGCCUCAAGUCAUCCUGGACGCGGGCUACGCCAUGCCCAACAAGCUCUUCUUCAGCAACCUGGGGGCCAUCCUAGUCUACGCCAUCAUCGGGACCUGCUGGAACGCCGCCAGCUUGGGGCUGUCGCUGUGGGGGUGUCACAAGGGAGGGGCCAUGGGUGACCUGGACAUCGGCCUGCUGCAGUAUCUCCUGUUCGGCAGUCUGAUCGCUGCCGUGGACCCCGUGGCCGUCAUCGCCGUGUUUGAGCAAGUCCACGUCAACGAGGUCCUCUUCAUCAUGGUGUUUGGAGAGUCGCUGCUCAACGACGGCGUGACAGUGGUCCUCUUCAAUGUAUUUGAUGCAUUUGUGUCACUGGGAGGAUCCCAAAUUGAUGCUGUGGAGAUUAUUAAAGGAAUAGUGUCCUUCUUCGUGGUGGCGUUUGGCGGCUCCCUCUUGGGCUUUGUGUUUGGCCUGCUGAUCUCUCUUCUGACCAGAUACACUAAAAACAUCCAGAUCAUUGAGCCGGGCUUCGUCUUCGUGUUGGGAUACCUCUCCUACCUGACUGCUGAGAUGCUCUCGCUGUCUGCCAUCCUCUCGGUCCUCUUCUGUGGAAUAUGCUGCCAGAAGUACAUCAACGCAAACAUGGACGAGAAGUCCGUCACCACAGUUAGAUACGUCAUGAAGGUUCUGGCCAAUGGGUCGGAAACCAUCAUCUUCGUCUUCCUCGGCAUCUCGGCCAUAGACAAGUCAAUCUGGGUGUGGAACACGGGCUUCAUCCUCCUCACACUCCUCUUCAUCUUUGUGUAUAGAAUAAUUGGUGUCUUUUUCCUCACCUGGAUCCUGAACAAGUUCAGGCUGGUCCCCAUAGGGUUCAUAGACCAGGUGAUCAUGAGCUACGGUGGCCUGCGAGGGGCCGUUGCAUAUGGCCUGGCUGUGAUGCUGGACGACAGCAAGAUAAAGGAGAAGAACCUGAUGAUCAGCACCACUCUCAUCGUAGUGUACUUCACCGUCAUUCUUCAGGGGAUAACCAUGAAACCUCUGGUCACUUGGCUAAAAGUAAAGAGAGCCAAAGUAUCGGAGCUCACACUCAUAGAAAAAGUACAGAACAAGGUGUUUGAUCACUUGCUUGUUGCCAUAGAAGACAUAUCUGGACAAAUCGGACACAACAACAUGAGGGACAAGUGGAAGAAUUUUGAGGACAAGUGGAUGACGUGGCUUCUGAUGAAGCCGUCGGCGAGGAAGAACCGCGACCACGUCUUCAACGUCUUCCAUCAGCUCAACCUCAAGGAUGCUAUGAGCUACGUGGCUGAGGGCGAGCGCAGGGGAUCUCUGGAGUUCAUCCGCAAUGACACGGCAUACGUCGACUUCAAGAAAAAGUUGGGCGACGAAUUCUCGGAGGUGAUGCCUGACAUCAUGGCUGACAUGUCGGACGACCGCGGCGCCGGUACCGACAUGAGAAGAGACCCCGUGCCGUCAGUGAGCCUGGAUAUGCACGACCAGACCAUGAAGGGGAUGAGGGAAACCGAGGGCAUCAACACUCACCACCUGCUGCAACAGCAUCUGUACAAGGGCAGGAAACAGCACCGGCACAGGUACAGCCGGAGCCACUUCAACGUCAACGAGGACGAGAACGAGGUGCAGGAGAUCUUCCAGAGGACCAUGAGGACUCGCCUGGAGUCCUUUAAGUCUGCAAAGAUGGGCGUCGCUCCACCAAAAACAAUUAGCAAGCACUCCAAGAGAGAACAGCAGCAAAAGAUGCCAAAUGGAAAAUCACUGGACAAAAGUAAAAGCCAUUCUGGAGAUGAAGAUUUUGAGUUCUCAGAGGGAGACAGUGCCUCUGGCUACGAUGCACCAGGCACUUCAAUCCCCAUGAGGGUCACCUACAGAGCAGGAGCCGGAAUUGAGAACCCAGCCUUCAUGCCGGACAUGGACCCCAUGGCUCCGAUGCAGAUCCCUCCGUGGCUGGCAGAGGCCGAGCUCGACAGCAGCAUGGUCGCUCCUUCGCAGCGAGCCCAGGUGAGGCUGCCGUGGACGCCCAGCAACCUGCGGCGCCUGGCUCCGCUUCGCAUCAGCACUCGCUCCACCGACUCCUUCAUGCUGGCCGACACUCCCGCCAGGCAGCAGAGGGGCAACGACGACCUGCCACCACCACCACCACCACCGCCUCCGCCUCCUUCCGAUAGAGACGGAGGCCACAUGUAGCAGCAUCCUGACCCCUUCUCCUUUUUUGACCUGGCUGCCAGGGACACAAAACCUAAACCUCAGACUUUGCACCUUCUACUCUCAAAAGAUUGACUAGGCGAUGUUUUCCUUUCCGUGCCACUGUUUAAUCUCAACAUUCACAAUCCCAUAACCUGUGUUCCUCUCCCUGCUUCUCUAACGUCACCCGUCACUGGGCAAAGGGGAGCCGCGGGCGAAGCGAGGAGGCCUGUGUGCACAGUGGCAUGUUAUUCACCAGCACACGUUGAACAUUGUCAUAGUGUCUCCUCUGGUUCAUAGUAAACCAUUUUAACAUUGUCAAUCAGUCCCUGAGAAAGCCUUAAUCCUGAAUGUGAUGCAAAAACAUUUUUUCAAGCACUGUAGAUAUUUGUAGAUUGUGUUGUUUAUAAUUAUGAUAAAAAUGGGAGUUUUAAUUACAGUGAUACAAAAUCUAUAAUCUGUAAAAUCAAUAAUAAUUUUGUUUCCUCCUGUCUCACAACAGUACUGGAGGUGGAAUAUUAGAGUUGAAGAAUAACACCACUGUAAAAAUGUGACUUGAUACGAUAAAGACAUUGUAUUUAUUCUCAAAUGUGGUUUGUAGUGUAAGGAAAUGUCCACCAUCUCAAAUCUGUGCCACGAACAUUUUAUGUACAUCCAAUAAAAAAGACUUGGACUGACUUUGCAUGGUGGCAAAGUGGAUGCAUUUAAAAAUAUGAAUAAAAAUAAAGACUGUAACCAUGCAGUCAGUUUUAUGAAAUAUU